CACCUAUUGUUUUUCUUACAGAUAUUAAGUCAGUGGGUUUCCAUUAGGCAUUAAAAAUCAGUUUCUGGUUUGAAUUUCUACGAAUGCUCAAUUAGAAGACCAACCAUGAAAUGCUUUGGCGGUAGAGGUGAGAAGAAAAUGGAAAGGAAAUACAAACAGUGGAAUACUUAUGCAAUAUCUUGCUAUGAAAACUGUGGUAACUGUUGCUGCUGCUUAGUAUGCUGCCCAUUUGCUAUUACUGAAAUUUAUCACUAUGCCUGUUCAUUACCAUGGUCAAUAGCAUUUCUAUUUUCGAUUAUACUAUUGCCAUUUCAUAUGUGUACAAUACUAAUACUCCGUCAAAGAGUUCGACGUGCGCACCGCAUCGAAGGCAACUGUAUUAGUGACCUGUGCUGUUUAAUGUGUUGUUGUUGGCCCACUAUUAUUUGUCAGUUACGCGAUCAAAUACUACAUCUGCGUUCCAAAGCUGAAUGGAAGUUAGGUUAUUCAGAACGAUUGGAUGAUAAGCCACCAUGGGUGAAGCUUUUCAGUAAACUAAAAAGGAAGAAAAGAAAUAAAGAUGAAGAAAGCGCAACAAACAGUGAUGAUGAUGUUGAAGACGAUAACGAUGAAAACGACGAAGAUGAAAACCAAGAUGAGGACACUGAUCAAGAAGACAGUGAAGAUGAAGCGGAUCAAAGUAAAUCCAGUUCAAGAAAAAAAUGACUGUUGUAAAGAAAUCCCAUUAUCAUUUAAAGCUUUAUAAUAUAUUAUCAGCAUGUUCCACUCCCUUUCAAGUCAGUUAUAAAAACAGGUGCUUACCAG